AUGAGUGCGCGAAGCUUAAAUGGCUGCUGGACAUGUCGAUUGAGGAGAAAGAAGUGUGACGAGCGUCGUCCUCAAUGUAUCAAAUGCGAAGAACUGGGUAUCAAAUGCCUGGAAUAUGGUGCCAAGCCACAGUAUAUGGAUGGAGGCUUGGGCGAAAAGAAUAUGGUCGAGGGUAUCAAGAACGCCAUAAAGGUUACGAAGAUACGCAAGCGGCUCCAUCGUCACUCGAAUACCGGUAAUACAGCUGAAUAUCUUGUCUACAAGACACCGCUACAAACGUCUUCAUUUCAGGAUAACGACAUCAUCCACCAAGCGUCCGUCGAGGAGGAACUCGCCCUUCAGUGCAUUGAUUCAUGGGACCAGGACAGUUAUUUCCUUGCAAGUCCUUUACAGCACUGCCAAACUGAUUGGAUUAAUAAACCGCCCACCGUCUGCGAAACAUUUGAAGGACAGCAAAUCCCCACCGAGUUUCUGGAGCCGCAACCGAGUUGCUCCUUCGAUCGUGCGAUAGAGCUGACUCCACCACCAUCAACUCCAUCUCGAUCUCAGUGUGAAGAGAAUCUGGAGUGUGUUGAAGGUGUUCUGAUAUUACACUACAUGGACUUCGUUCUGUAUAUCCAAUUCCCUUUCUACAAUGAGGCUCUCUCUCAUAAUGGACGAGGUUGGCUGCUCAAUCUUGUAACCACAAUUAAACCAAUCUACUACACUGGACUAGCGUUGAGUUCUUACCAGAGAGAUGUAGAGGACUCUCAAGGCGAUCAAGUAAAAAGAUUUGAACGCUACUGGAAAUACUACAACCGAGCUCUCAUCGAGUUGCGCCAGUACAUGGACGGUGCAGAUCACGAUGAGGACGAAGACUACAACUUCAACGUUUCAUUCUGCAUUCUCCAACUCAUCUAUUGCGAGAUUUUCCGUGGCGGAAACGAUUGGCAGAUGCAUCUGCAGGCGGCAUCGAGCUUUGUCAAUUCUCUUGCUACAUCUAAUCAUGACGUAUCUAGUUCAGCAGGUAACGAGUCUCAAAGAGAGGCUACUUAUGAUGACAGGGGCGCCACUAUGAAAGAGAAUGCAAUCGAUGCGGUCCUUGGUGUCUUCGUUGCACUAGACAUUCUGUCUUCUGCGUCAACCAGAACACCAUCACUCUUAAAGGCAAACCACCAGCACUGCUUAAGUGAGAGAAACAUUCAGACAGACCAUCUUAUAGGCUGUGACCCCAGUGUAAUAUGUCUGAUAUCGGAGAUUUCCGCAUUGGAUGUGUGGAAAGAGGAGUGCAAGGCAGCCCACUCUUUAAGCAUUAUGGAGCUUAGCAAGCGAGCUAGGAAGAUCGAGGCCGCAUUGGAAGAUUUCAUAUGUAGAAAUGCGCUUGACACGCAAACUGACGUACCAACAUUGAAGACUGCAAUACCUACACCUAGCUCAUCCAAGUUCAACAGUCGAUUUGUCUCGGAAAUAUUCGCCAUGUCUGCAAUCACCUACUUGCACGUAGCUGUCUCGGGUGCUCAUCCCGAUCUGACUGAAAUUCAACGGAGCGUUUCUAGGACAAUCUUAGCUAUGAGAGGUCUCCCUGACCCGCGCUUACUUCGAUGUAUAGUGUGGCCGUUCUGUAUCACUGGAUGUAUGGCCGUGAAAGAAGUACAAAAUGAACUUUGUGACCUAGCAUUAUGUGCUGGUGCAAAUGAAAGAGACCCUGGAAGUCUAUGGCAGGCACUGAAGAUCAUGGAGACUUGUUGGAAUGCGCGGGAUCAGAUUGGCGGAAGUCAGGACUGGACUACUGCUAUGGCAAAGCUUGGUAACAAGGUCUUGCUGAUAUAG